AUGGAGGCGACCGCGGAGCUCUUCGUUGAACUCGGCCUUUUGAAAGCAGAGGACGACUGCCGACGGAAGCGACUCACACGUCUAAUUGACCUCAAAAACGUCUACUCGUGGCUCAAGACCGAAGUUACAAAGCCCUACUUUCCGCAAAUCACGAAAAAGUACCUUCUUACUUUCCUCAACCAGAAGAACGUCAAAAGAAUCGCUUCAUCUGCCUGUGACGAUCGAGCAGUGCUCCUCUCAGCUCUGUACAAAUUCUAG